UCCCACAGCAGCGGCCCCGCCCUCUGUAGGCGCUAUCCUCCCAGAAACAGCGGAUCAUUUUUAUCCAGCUUUUUUUCCUCCUCGAUAUUCUUCGUGUUUGAUUUCGGCUCCACGCGUGUUAGAGGGGAUUUAAGCUUCUUGAAAUCAUGCUCCCGGAGCGGGUUUAGCUUCGGCGGGGCUGUGGACAUCCGAAGCCGGGGCUCAGUGAGAUGCGUCCCCGCGGCGCUGAACCUGCUCCGUCCCGCACACAAAGCCUGUGAAGCAGGCCGAGCUUUUUCACUCCCUCCGCGCCGAUGAUGCUCAAACAUGACGGGGAAUCAUUUCAAAGGCCAGGAGGUCAGCUGCUGCAUCAAAUACUUCAUUUUCGGAUUCAACAUCUUGUUCUGGCUGCUGGGCAUGGCCUUGGUUGGGAUCGGACUCUGGGCCUGGAGUGAGAAGGGCGUUCUGUCCAACAUCUCGUCCAUCACAGACCUGGGGGGUCUGGACCCGGUGUGGCUCUUCAUGGUGGUCGGGGGGGUCAUGUUCAUCCUGGGGUUUGCAGGAUGCAUCGGAGCGCUCAGAGAAAACACCUUCCUGCUCAAGUUUUUCUCCGUCUUUCUGGGGAUCAUCUUCUUCUUGGAGCUGACGACGGGCAUCCUGGCGUUUGUGUUUAAGGACUGGAUCAAAGACCAGCUCAACCUGUUCAUCAACAACAACAUCCGAGCGUACCGGGACGACAUCGACCUGCAGAACCUCAUCGACUUCACUCAGGAAUACUGGGAGUGCUGCGGAGCGUUCGGAGCCGACGACUGGAACCUGAACAUUUACUUCAACUGCACCGACGGGAAUCCGAGUCGGGAGAAGUGCGGCGUUCCCUUCUCCUGCUGCACAAAAGACCCAGCGGAGGACGUCAUCAACACUCAGUGUGGAUACGACAUCCGAGCUAAACCUGACUCGGAGCAGAAGGAUUACAUCAACGUGAAAGGCUGCGUGCCGCAGUUUGAGAAGUGGCUGCAGGACAACCUCACGCUGGUGGCCGGGAUCUUCAUCGGAGUCGCUCUGCUGCAGAUUUUCGGGAUUUGUUUGGCCCAGAACUUGGUGAGCGACAUCGAGGCUGUGCAGGCGAGCUGCUGCGGGUCUUUGAACGAGCCUCCUUGAACACAUCAUCGCUGUGCAUUUGAGGACUUCACGAUCACCUGAACCACUUUGGUCCCUGAACCAGCACCUUCUCUUUCUCUCUCUGAGGCACUAAUGACAUGAAGCUCUGUGUAAAUAAAUAAUAACACUGUG